UCGCCAACGAAUAAUCCAAGUGAAUAAUGAUCCCUUACGCUAUACUUCAUAGCCCUAAAAUGAGUCAACUGUCAUUCUCCUGUAACGUGGUGGUUUGUCUAGAAUGUGUAGUUGCCUCUGCUCGCGCGUAAGCGUGUGUCAAGAGAGACUGGCGGAGGGGAGGGGGGGGGCAUUUAAAUAAAAUCGUUUGCAAUUUUUAAUCCUCUUGGUAUUCUGGCGGCUAUUACGGAAAGAGGACAUCUUUUUCUCACCGCUGGCUUGACAGAAACAGAAAAGUAGGCUCCAUUGCGCUGCAUCAUGAAGCUUUCAGAAUGGGGACCCUACCCCGUGUCGCGGACUUGGUAGAUGGCACUUUAUUGGCGAUUUCUCGCCUGAAAGCAGAUGGAGUGUCAACUUCACCACACUAACGGGGAAGAUGAGUUGUGCUUUUUUUUAUUGUAUCCUCGUAUAUAUUUUAGAUCUAGCAGUUGGCUAUUUAACUGUCACUAUUGAGUCCCUCCCUCCCAUUGUCAUUGGAGACACGGUGACACUCAAGUGUAAUUUCAGGACGGACGGCAACCUGCGAGAGAUUGUGUGGUUUCGGGUGACGGAGGGUGGCAGUGCCAAGCAGAAGAUCUUCACCUAUGAUGCCAUGUACAACACCAACUUCUCCCAUAUGGAGGACUUCAGUAGACGAGAAGACCUGGUCUACCAAUCGACUGUCCGGCUCCCCGAGGUGCAGAUGGAAGAUGACGGUCCUUAUGAAUGCCAUGUGGGUAUCUAUGACAGAGCAUCUAGAGACAGGGUGGUCUUGGCCUCUGGCAGCAUCAUGCUCACCGUCAUGGUGCCUCCUAGGUCCAUCUCUGUAGUGGCAGCAGACUGCCCAGCCCCUUUCAGUCGCUACGAGGCCCAGAACUUCACUCUAGUCUGCAUUGUCAUGGGAGGAAAGCCAGCCCCUAUGGUGUACUUCAAGCGUGACGGCGAGCUGAUCGAGGUGGUUCCUUCAGUUCUGGAGGACGGUGAAGACCAGCCCCAGGGCAGGGGACUGGCUGGGUUACGAGGCUCUCGGCCCCUGAUCAGUAGAGACCUGGAUGACACUAAACUGAAGAAGUCCCUUUCCCUGCUGGACCAGGACCAGGGGAAGCAACCCCGUCUACAUCAGGACAACCCUGAGACCGGAGGGACAGGGAAAAUGAGAGGGGCUGGGGAGGAGCCAGGGGCCCCUAGGGAGCCCGGUGGUCUGGAAGGGUCUGAGCCCAGCUUGACCACCACGGAGGUCAUCCCAGAGACAGUGGUGAGCCGCGAGUUCCCCCGCUGGGUGCAGAGCACCGACCCGCUCUACUACUCCCAGCACAGGCGACAGGUGUCCAGUGACGGCACCAUGGAGGUCAGAGCCAUGCUGACCUGGAGCCUCAACCCUCAGCUGGACAAUGACGCCCUGUUCAGCUGCGAGGUCAAGCACCCAGCUCUGUCCAUGCCCAUGCAGGCCGAGGUCACUCUGUCUGCUCCCAGGGGCCCCAAACUGUCCAUGACACCCAAUAAGGCUAAAGUAGGAGACACAGUGCGCAUAACAGUUCAGGGCCUCCAGGUGUCAUCUGCUGGGAACAUGGUAUUUCCCGAGCCGCUGUUCACCUGGACAAGAGUGGGAGGUCCUCUGCUGGACGGUAGAGAAGACCAUGUUGGGAGGGAGCUGGUGCUAGAGAGAGUACCAGCCGAGCUCAACGGAUCCAUGUUCCGAUGCACUGCCCAGAACCCCCUGGGCUCCACUGACACGCACACGCGCCUCAUUGUAUUUGAAAACCCCAGACUUCGAAAAGGCAGACAACAUUUUGUCAUAGAUACAGCCUUUUGCAACGAGGCACUGGGACUGGCCACCAUGCUGCUAAUGUCAGCCCUGACAUGGGAGAUGACGUGAGCACCAAAAUGGACUCCUGGCCUUGUCCAAUCUCUUCCUUGGUCACACACAUCCCAACUGCUGGAGUUCCAGCCACUGGCCCUGAAACACUAUGCAUAAAAGCAGCUUUAGCAAAACAAAAACACUUUUUUGAAUAUGAGAGACAAUGAUAGCUACAUACAUUCUUGCUCUGUAGGCUUUUAUGUGGUCAUUAUGCCUGCUACUUCAUUUCCCUUAUGUCUUGUACACAUCCUAUGACCCACUACCCUCACUGUGUUUAUGUUAUAGGGUGUGUAUUUCAACCCCGAGUUUGUGUGGGCUGGCCUGCAUUAGACACCCCAUAUUCCUGUUACAUGAAGUUCCAAAUACACAAAAUUAAAUGCUUUUGACAUCAAAAUAAAUGUUUGGUGAACAAAAAAAGUCUU